ACAUUUGCUCCAAGACAACGAUGUCAAAUUUUGGGGUAAUGAUAUCUAGCCAGGAAAUUCACCUGAUCUCAAUGUGGCAGAACACAUCGGAUCAAUAAUCAAAGAUGAAGUUGAAAAAAAAAUGUCAUCGGAAAGUGGACAUAAUCGAUAUCUUGAAGAAACGCUCAAAAUGCACGUCGCAAAUGUUUUAGCAAGCAUGGAAGAAGAUACUGAACUAUUUGAAACUCUUCUAUGCUCAUAUCCAUCUCGAUUUCGUGCUGUAAAAAAUGCUAAUGGUCGUCACACAGAUUAUUGA